UAUAUUUGGAAUACGUGUUUUAUUCGAAUACGCGUUGUUUUUUUUUUUGCUACACAUAUAAUUUUUUUUUUUUUAUUUUUCUAAAAAAAAAUGGACCUUGACGAAUAUUACAACAUUGACAACAUCUUGGCUGAACAAAUUAGAAUACCUUGUAUAGCUCUUCAUGAUUACGCGGCAGAGACCAACUUGUUGGGUGACGGACAACCCGUGGACCGUAAUCAACGAUUUGAACUACCUUUCUGGAUUGCCAAACCCAUGGCUCAAUUCACAUUACCAGGCAACAUGGUAGAAAAUUCACUCAUUUCCAUCGAGUUACCAAAGACGUUUGGCACACGUGUAAGAAAUGCGUUGGAUGCCAGUGCCAGUAAUGUGGAUUUUCGAUUAUUGUGUCCUUAUUUUUACUUGUUUGGUCUUAAAUUAUUGGAUUUGGUGGUGGAUAAACCUCUAGCCAUAGCCUUGAGAACGGCGUUUAGAGCGAGGCUUUUGGAUAUCACAGAUUUCUCUCAGACAUUAGGUGCUAGUGCUGGUCAAGAGUUUUUACAGAAAUUAGAUGAAACCGAGAAAGAAAUUUAUAAAGCGGGUCAGGAAAGUGCAAUACAGUUUAGAAAUUGGACAAAUCGAUCCAUUCAUCUCAUCAAGACCGCCAAUAUCACAAGGCCUCAAUAAGUUUAUUUUUUUACACAGACAUUCGGAGAGACAAAACUUUUUGAGAAAGCGCGAUUGACCAAUGAAAUCACCUUAUACAUGAAACGUGUAAUAAAAUUAAAAAAAAAAAAUUAAAAAGAAAAAGCUUUACCUUUCUAUUUUUUUCUUCCGAGCCAGUGACCAUGA